AGUGGUAUAUCCAUGCCCACAUCAUCCAAUACAACACUUGUCAAAGGCAGGUGCUCCUCCAUUCUCAUGCAGCAUUGUCCUGCAUGCUUCGCAGGUGUGCUUUUUGGAAGACCACUCAGUGAGGGUGGCAACAUUCAUAUUGCAAUGGACAGGAACUUUCAUCAUAGACACCAACAGUUUGUGGGGGACUGCCCACGCUUCUACAAUCCUGCCUAUUUCCUUCCCAAGGCUCAAGUGGAUGAAGUUGGGCACCGCAUACAAUCACUCCAUAAACGUGCCCCAAAGAAGCACACUUCAUCAGUGCCAGAUGAAGUGAUAGAUCAAUGUGAACAUUCAUAUGAAGCUGUGGAUGAGAAGAAACAAAAGGCUGUGAUGGAUUCGUUUGAUGAUACUGGAGUUAUGGCACUCAUCUGCUGGCAUGACAUUCCAUUGUUCUUUGCCAAUAUUGACUCGCCCAGCGAGCAACAAAAAUAUGCUGUAGCGCUACUUGAGCAUUUAUUCUCCUUGGUCCCACAGGAAGCCAAUGUCAUUGCCCUCUAUGAUGUCGGUUGUGUGCUCUCACAGUCAUUGUCACACUAUGAUAUCCUUCCUUCUUUGGUGACAUUGUGUCUUCAAUUUGCAACCACUGCUAUGCACGCAUACGGCCAUGAGUGGGCCUGUCAGCUUGAGUACAACCCUUGGAUGUGCAUUGGGCUUGGCCUAUCAGACAGCAAGGGUACUGAGAGGUUAUGGUCAAGAUUUGUUAAGCUGAUUGGAAUACAAUGUUCAUCCUCAGUAAGUGCCUACUCUGCUUUGACAAAGAUUCUUCAAACACACACACACAGAGAAGCAAAGGCACCUUUGGUUGAUAGAUAG